AGAAAUAUCUGAUGAUUUGGGGCAGCCUGUCAACUGUAUCUCAAUGUCAAACGAUGGUAACUGCAUAUUAGCAAGUUGUCUAGAUUCGACAUUACGACUUUUGGACAGGUCUACCGGCGAACUGCUGCAAGAAUAUAAAGGUCAUACCUGUAAGUCUUACAAACUAGAUUGCUGCCUUACCAACACUGAUGCACAUGUAGCCGGUGGAUCUGAGGAUGGUUUCAUUUACUUUUGGGACCUGGUAGAUGCAUCUGUAGUGUCAAGAUUCCGAGCUCAUUCUUCAGUG